AAAUAGGUGAUCUCCUGUUAAGUGUGACAGUCUUUGACGAUGACAUCACUUGUUUGAAAUAUUAGUCAUCAUUUGUUUCUACUAUUUUGGGAAAGAUGUCAAGCGAGUCUAACCCUCCCACUGGUUUCCUCUGAUAAUAUAACAGCCGAAAAACAGCAGCCCAUUCAUUGGUAGUUCGAUCACCGAAAGGAACAGCAACAUGAGUUUCGAAAUUGAAUGUGGAAUUUGUUACCGAAGCUACAACACUGGUCGCCGGUGUCCUCGUGAGCUACAGUGUAAACACAGCUUUUGUGAGCGCUGUCUAAUUACUCUUUCCAGACCCUCAGAAGUCGAAUCUGCGAAGGAAUACUCGCGCCAGGACAAGACAAUUGUUUGCCCACUUUGCCGAUACCCGACCUCAGUCUCGGGUAAAUUGAGGACAGCGCUUCGGGUAGACGAAAGUGUUUUAGAACAGUUGGUGGUUUCUGGUGAGGAAAGAAUGACAGACGACGAUGAUGAGUACGAAGAGGAGACUUCUCAUGAGACUUCAACCGAGGAAAGAGACUCAUCUUCAGGUUCCAGGAGUGGAAGGUUCCGCAGAUCGCUUAGGCGCGUCUGGGGCAAAUUGACAGGGAAUCGUCCCCAAAGGAGAGCUGGUUGUUUGACGGAUGAGGAAGUGCGUGAUCUGGCCAUGAUGUCAUGCUACAUAAUUUAAGGUGCGCUCCUCUGGCCAUGCGGACGGAUCUUACAAUCCAUGGACAGGUGUCCAUGGACAAAUGAGCUAACCACAUCAAACAUUCCAGCAGUCUGUUACAGCAAGUCCUCUGAGCUGGGGAAGGUGACCAGUAAGCGCAUCGGUUUGAUCAGAGAGGAUAUGUUCCCCUUCAUGAGCCGAGAUUCAUGAACUGAAGUAAAAGACUGGCAGGUCCAGACUGAAGUUGGGGCGAACAGAAAUAUGGAUUCCAUAUAAAUACCAAAUGUUUGAAUUUAUUUUAAACACAGUUAUAAUUUGAUGGUGACCAAACAUAAAUAUAUGGACUAUUGUUGAAAAAUGUUUAGGAAUAAAAUAACGAAUAAAGCUUUUCCUUUAGCCUUACAUUUCCAAAGGACUGUUUAAUAUUCUUGGUGCUUCGUUUAAGAGAACAAACGUAUUUUAAUGUUAUUCAGUGUAUUUAUUUAAUUAACUUUAAUUGUGGGAUAUUUUGCACUUAUGUAUUUUUGUUGUAAUAAAAUCACAGUUACGAAUA